UGUUACAUUUUUGAUCUGAAGCUGUACCAAAGACGCAAGUCAUGUUUCACAGAUCGAUGAAAGUUAUCUCCCAGAAUCCUUGUUUCAGACAGCAUGUAAUAAAAAGGUUUGGCCUUUUUGGCAGAAGUAAUUUCCUUCAAGCACAAUGGGAUAGUGCCCAUAUAUCUUGUGAGGGAAUAAGGAAGGAAAUUGAAACUUCUGGUAUCGAUGAAAGUUUAAUUGCAAAACUUGACAAAAUUUCUAAUGAAAUUUGUAUAGUUGCUGAUGCAUGCAACUUCAUCACAUCAUUUCAUUCGUGUAAUGAUGUUGCCAAUGCUGCUGAGGAGGUUUAUAUGCAAUCUAUAUCUUAUGUAGAAACUUUGAAUACUGAUAAAACACUUUAUCUGAAGAUCAAGGCAUUGAAAGAAAGUUCUAUGUGGCAAUUGUUAGAUCAGGACACUAAACAUGCAACUAACAUGUUUAUUGAUGAGUUUGAGAAAUCGGGGACACAUUUGAAUGGUGAAAAGAGGAACAUCUUUGUAGAAACCAAUAAUGAAAUUUUUAAAGCUGGAAGCAAUUUCGUUGAAGCUGCACAUCAGCCUACAAGUGUUUCCAUCACAAAGUGUCCAACACCAUUAUUAAAUCUGAUUCGUGGCAGUUCUCCUUUAAUAACUUUAUCUGAGGCUGACCUUAAUAGUCGCUAUGAUGAUGUACGAGAAGCCAGCUGGAAACUUUAUCAUCGGUUUGAUAAAUCAAGGGAAGGAAAAUUGUGCGCAUUACUAAAUCAGCGUCAGAGACUCUCUUCCCUAUCAGGUUUUGAAAACCAUUGUGAAAGGGAAAUCAAGGGUUCAACGGCCAAAUCUCCAGUUGUUGUCCAAGAUUUUCUUAAUGAGCUGAACCACCAGCUUAAAGAUUCUGUUGACUUUGAAAUUGACUUAUUCAGAAAAUCAAAGCGAACUAGAGAUCCUGUCGGAAUAUGGGACAUCAGUUACUAUGCAGUUGAAAGUCGCUGCAAAUUUAUGCAGAAAUAUGCAAUCUUUCAGAGUAAUCUCAAUUUGACGGUGGUUAUGGAAGCAAUAAAUAAAUUGUCACUGGAUAUGUUUGAUGUGGAACUUGUUUGUGAACCAAUCAAAACUGAUGAAGUAUGGCAUGCAGAUGUUCUCAAAUAUUCUGUCCGUACUCAAUGUGGUCAAACAUUGGGCACCAUAUAUUGUGACUUCUACAGAAGGCCUGGAAAAGACAAGCAAAUCUGUUUGCACACAAUUCAGUGUGGCACAUUGACUCAGAUACCGAUUGUGGUUCUUGUUUGUAAUUUUAAUAAAGAUGGCUGCAUUCAAACCAGCAAUGUUAAUCUGUUGUUCCAUGAGUACGGUCAUGCUCUACAUGCUGUGUUGGGCAGAACUCGGUAUCAGCAUGUCAGCGGCACAAGAUGCCCAACAGACUUUGCAGAAAUCCCUAGUAUUUUACUAGAUUCCAUGAUUAAUCAAAGUAGCAUCAUGACGGAACUGUUUAACAGGGAUGAACUCAAAGACAAAAGUUUACCAAGUAUUUCAAUAUCUGACUGUUACAAUGCAACUGAAACACAGGUACAGUUGUACUAUGCAAUGUUGGACCAACUGUUGCACAGUUCUGAUGUCAAAGACACAUGCAAGAUAGCAUCAAUUGCUCAAAAGAAGUAUUUGAAUCAGUUUGAAAUUCCUUCUUCCACUGCGUGGCAUCAGCGAUUUGCUCAUUUAUAUUUCUAUGGUGGAAGAUAUUACUCUUACUUAUGGGCUCAGGCUAUUGUUAAUAUUAUCAUUGAGAGACAUGAUUUGAAAAACACAGUUCAAUAUUCCCCCGAGAUUAAAGCCUUGUUUGAGCAGGGUGGCUCAAAAGAUUGUUCUUAUCAGAUAGAAAGUUUGUUGGGGGAGUCAUUGUCAAUUGACAAAAUGGUCGCCUCAUUGGUUAAGCCCUUAUCCUCAUUCAAUACAUUGAUUGAAUCUGCCGGUGCUUGAGCUUGAUUUGAUUAAAUUCGUGAGAAAUCAAAUUCGAUAGAAAUCAAAUUCGAUAGAAAUCAAAUUCGAUAGAAAUCAAAUUCGUUAAAAAUCAAUCAUCAUUGAUUGGUAUUUAAGUAUUUGAUGUAUAAAUUAAUAAGUUUUUAUUUUACCAUCCAUCCGAUUGGUUCAGGCCCAUUUUAUAUUUAUACCGAAUUUAUAAAUGGAAACUCUUUGAACCUAAGCGUUAAUAUACUAUUAUAUAAUAUACUUAUAUUAAUAAGACUUACAAUUAA